AUGGUACUACGAAACGACCUGGUACAGGGAAUCCCCGGGUUACAUACAGGUUCCGUUCCUAAGGACUUUCGCCCUUGGUGGCGCCGCUGCCCUUGGGAGGGCACCGUCGCCUCUCGCAGAACCCAUGGGGGUACCGCCACCCCUGACAGGGCCCCUGGGGGCACCACCACCCCUAGGAGGUCCUCUGAGAGUGCCGUUGCCCCUUGGAGGACUCCUGGGGACGCCACCUCCCCUGAUAGGACCCCUGGGGGUGCCACCGCCUGUGGCAGACCCCUUGUGGGUGCCACCGCCCCUAGCAAGGCCUCUGGGGACACCGCUGCCCCUGGGAGGGCAAUUGGUGUCGCCGCCACCCUAAAGAACGGGCCCCUAGGAGCGCGGCCACCUCUGAGAGGGCCUCUGGCAGGGCCCCUGGGGUCGCAGAUACCACUAGGGAUGCCGUUGCCCCUAAAGAGAGCCCCUACGGACACCGCAGCCUCUAAGGAGAGCUCCUGGGGGCGUCGUUACCCAUUAAUGGGCCCCUGGGAGGGCCCCGACGCCGUGGAAGGGUCCCUGGGAAUGCCAUCACCUCUGAAAGGGCCAUUAGGGGCGCCACAGCCCCUGGCAGGGCUUCUGGGGUCCCUCCUACCCCAAAGGAGGGCGCCGCCACUCUUGGGAGGGCCUCCUAGGGGUGCCACCUCCCCUAUGAGGUCCUCUACAGGCGCCUCUGCAUCUGAGAGGGCCCUUGGGAGCGCCACAGCCUCUGGAAGGGGCACUGGGAGAGCUGCAGCCUCUUGGAGAACAUCUGGCGUAGCAGCCGUCCCUGGGAAGAUCCCUGGGGGUGCCAACGUCCUGGACUGGCCAUGGAGGCACCACAUAAAUUAG